AUGCGUGUUGUCCUCGAACUGAAAGAAGGUCGUCAAAAGUUCGUACUCAAAAGAGAGAUGAAGCGCCCUCUUGGUCAAGUCGUUUGGGAUACGGUCCCUCAAGCCUUCAAUGUUUGGCUCAGUUUCACCAUUACAUUCACUGUUUUCCCCUGGCUCGUAUUCGAGAUGAAGCCCUCCAAUUUAUCUGUCGGUUUGUUCGGUCAGCUCAUGACGUACUGUUACCAGGUCUUCGACACUAUCGGUCGUUCUUCGCCUAGUUAUCAUCUCCGUUUGAGCAAAAGAGGCACACGUUUUGCGUCCUUCGGGCGUUUGAUUUUCAUCGCCUUGUUUUUCCUAUGUGCCGAGGUUAACACUAACCCAUUGAAUCAAGACUGGUUUCGCUUUGUUGUUAUGGCGUUCUUUGCUGGUUCUAAUGGUGUUGUUGCUUCUUGGUGUAUGAUACAUGGACCGACUCAAGUGGAUCAAGAUGAGCAAGAGGAGUUGGAGAUUGCUGGUUAUGUGAUGGCCUUUGGGCUUAUCUGUGGUAUCCUCAGCGGUUCAGUGAUCGCUACCAUUAUCCAACAAACUGCCUUUAUGUAA